ACCAAAGUCAUGCAGCUUAGAAUACCGGACUCAAUCUCAGCGAGACAGACAGGAGUGUUGGUCACUUUCUACAGAGUUUCAAGGAUGAGAAAAAACAAGGCAAGAUAUAUCUUGAUUGCAGGAGCUCUUGGUCUGUUCGUCCUCCAUCUCUGUAAAGAAUCUGUUAACCACAAAACCAGACAACUCAACAUCAGUGAGACAGAAGUUCACAACAAAAGGAAGCAGCUCACCAAAAAAUCUUACGUAUACUCCUGGCCAAAAUGUCAGCAAAACACAUCUGCUGCCCUUAUCAAAGGCUUUUCAGGCCUCCCUCAAAAUAUUCAAGAUUUUCUUUACUAUCAACACUGUCGCCAUUUCCCCCAGCUACUGGACCUCCCUAACAAAUGUGGAGGAGCUGAUAAAUCCGGAGAAGUCUUCCUUCUGCUUGUCAUUAAAAGCUCCCCUAAUAAUUAUGAUCGCCGAGAGGUGCUGCGCAAAACCUGGGCUAAAGAGAGGAUUCACAACGGUGUGUGGAUCCGAAGGAUCUUCAUCUCAGGGAUGGCAGGUGAUGGAUUUGAAAGGGAAAGACUGAACAAACUACUCGAACUGGAGCAACGUGAGUUCAGUGACAUCCUCCAGUGGGACUUCAGUGACACAUUUUAUAAUCUCACCUUGAAGCAGAUGCUCUUUCUUGAAUGGAUGGAAAGAAAUUGUCCAAAAGCUCACUUCUUAUUUAAUGGUGACGAUGAUGUCUUUGCACACACAGACAACAUGGUUUUGUAUCUCCAAAGUCUUGAAGACAAUGAUGGAAGCAAGCAUCUCUUCACUGGCCACCUAAUUCAGAAUGUGGGGCCCAUUAGAGAACCACAGAGCAAAUAUUUUAUCCCAGUUCAGAUACAGAAGUCAGAAUUAUACCCACCUUACUGUGGUGGUGGAGGCUUCCUUCUUUCCAGCUAUACAGCAAUGGUUAUAUAUAAUAUGUCAGAAUCCAUACCAAUUCUUCCCAUUGAUGAUGUUUACAUGGGGAUGUGUCUGGCCAAAGCAGGGCUUGGUCCUGCAUCCCAUAUGGGUGUAAAGACAGCAGGAUUGUACAUUCCCUUCACCAACGCAGAUGUAUAUAACCCAUGCUAUUAUAAAGACGUUUUACUGGUACACAGAUUCCUUCCUGCACAGAUGUAUGUCAUGUGGCACAGAGUACAGGACCCAAAUCUGAAAUGUGGUCAUUCUAACCAAAUGCCUAAUAUUGCCACGCUAUAACUCACUGGCAGGUCUUUACAGGGAUAAAGGGCUGAAUUUUUUUUUUUUUUUUUAUAUAUUUCAAUUUCUCUUGCAAAAAAGGUUUGAAAAUGUAAGCUUUGUUGUCACAACAUUUGAAUGAACAGACACUGAGCACUUUGACAGUAACAAAGACAAAAUUAUUCAGGUUCAAAGCAGACAUUAAGCAUUGUAAUUCUGCUCGUUAACAAAUGUUAGUUCAAUAUUUACUUGUUUCAUUCUCAGCUGCUGAGAAUAUGACCAUAUGACAAUAUGACAUAUUUAGUUUGUGCCAAAUUUUGCACAUUUAUUUAAUUUAUUUGUUCUUGCCAUGCAGGUAAUAUAUAGCCUGUUUGUUAAAUCUUAUUUUCUGAAAUUACUGAUGAACCCAGGCUUCAUGACACCUGGGAGAUAAAACCAUAUAACAAACUUCAGGCCAUACAAAUUUACAUCCAGAAUACACUAACUACUAACAGAUUAAAAGCUAUGAGCUAUAAAGAUGGGUGAUUUUUGUACAUUACAUAUGCUUCUUCCUUCAAUAGAGUGCAUGAACUUUUGGAACUACGAGCUGGUAAUGAAGCCAAACAGUGCACGAGUAUAAAGAUGCUUUUUGACAUAAAAGCCAUGGUCUUUACAGGAAAACACCUCCUUGAACCAUUUCACUAAUAUUUUAUCUUAUCAACAGUAGAUGGGCUUAAAAGCUUUGGGUUUCUUUACAUUCACAACAAUAGUUUGUAGAUAUUGUCACAAGUAUGUAGAGUGACACUUUUAAAGCCUCCUAGAGCCACAACUGUGAAAGAAUACACGUAAGGAAGCAUAAUGUGUCCUUUCAUGUGCUUUUUAUUUUGUAUGGCAGCUUCUUCAACAUGAUUUUCAAGUAAGAUGAGUUGACUACAAAGAUUUUGCAAGCUGAUGUCAGCUUAUUUGUGCACCUACAGAUAAAACCAAGGGUUAAAAUAUGAAAGUUUCAGUUGACAAAAGGCACCAGCUGGAGCAUAUUUCUGAACCUGUGUGUGCAAACAGAGUGAAGUCUUGAAACACGAGAAGAUAGGCUGCUGUUGUCACUAUAUACUUAACUUUCAUGCCUGAAUGACAAUCUCCGUGGGAAGUAAGGGACAUGUUUGCAUGCGUAAGUGGUAAAAUUAUCAAAUGCAGCUUAGAAAUGGACAAUGAAUGAGUUUUGCUUUGAACAGUCUGAUUAAUGGACUUGAACAGUCUGGUAACCAUAAUUAAACCAUUUCUUUUCAAUAAUUGACUAUUUUUUCUCCGUUGUAAAUCAUUCUGAUUUUCCUUUCUUGCAUACACCUGUAAUGUCUUCUAAGACAUAGCACUGUGUUGCGGAUUUCCAUUCAGAGGGAUGACCCACUCUGUGAACAGUAUGACCAGAAGAGGUUAACUCAGCUACUUAAUUUGUACAGCACUGUGGGUCACUGUGGGUGUGUAGGCUAUGUACAUACCAUUUACUGCAAAAAGGUAUUGUACACGACCGCAGCUAUGUGGCCUCUGGUGCAGUAUUUGCUGAAACUCACACAAUUGUGUCAUAUGUGGGUGGCCUAAAUGUAAUAGUGACUGUGUGGAAGAGAGUACACAUUUCUUACAUUAAGAACAUAAGUACCACUGUAAUAUGAUUGUUGUGUUACAGCUUGGUAUUACAUCUAUAAUACAGUCUGACAGUCAGGUUACUCUUGUUCUUUAUGUUAAAAUAUUCAACUGUUCAAAGAAGGAACCAAAAACUUGAUCAAGUUGACUUAUUAUUUAGUUAAAGUUUGAAAUUAUGUUCUUGUUGGACUGUGUAUUUAAUGGCUGGGUCGAAGCUGUGCAGGAAAUUAUUUCUCAGGGUUAUUUAUUAUUCUACUUUUAUAACAUAAAAUGUGUGUUGUGGAAAGGCAUUAAGGUACUGUUUGGGCCUUGCUGUACAUUUUCACUGUUGUAUAUUGAAGAUAUGUACCGUCUGUCAGGUCUCAAUAAAAACAUUUAUAAAUGG